AUGGAAGAGAUGAAGGGACUUAAAGGUGAGUUCCUCAUGAACCAAGCUUCCAAUGAGAAAUGCCUGAAUGAUUUGACGGAAACCUUGCGCAUUUACGCGAGAGAGAACCGAGACCUUGCCAGACUCAUCUACCGUUUCUUCGAAGAGAUAGACGCCAUCUGGAAGGUACUCGGAAAGGACAGAACAUGCAACACCGUAAUUCGUGAACACAGAAUUGAAGAAGGAAUUGUCGAGGAAGAAGAGAAACACGAAGAAGAGAAACACGAAGAAGAGGAAGAAGAGAAACACGAAGAAGAGGAAGUUUGGGCAACCCUUGUUGCCGAUGACACUUACGAAAUUUCCCAACCCUACCCAUACCAAAUCCGCAACAGGGAGACCGGCAAGGUUCUUACCCCAGUCCUCAACAACUUGGGACACUUGAACCUUAACCUUCGGAAUCGCGGUUCAAUUUCCAUGGGCAAGCUUGUCGCAAUUCAAUGGGUUCCAAAUCCAGGCAAGAAGACGAAGGUCAGACACAUUGACGGUGACAAGCUCAACAACCGUAAGGAGAACCUCGAGUGGUUCUAA